UGCUUCCAAGAACAAACUAUUCUCCCAGGACAGGUUUCAGAUCUGCUCACUUCUCUGCUGCUCUCUCAGCACUGAAAACCUUCUGCUAUGAUUCUACAUACAUUGCUGGAGUGGCUGGACAUUAAGGGCUUCCUGCUCUUUCUUUUUUUGUUCCUGCUUCUGGCUGAUAUUCUGAAGAAUAAAAAUCCACCUAAUUUCCCACCGGGACCCUGGCCAUUGCCUUUCCUGGGAAAUGUCUUCACUGGCGGUGAUUACCUGACAAUGGACAAGCUUGCUGAGGAGUAUGGCAAUAUCUUCAGUCUGAGGAGGGGCAGUAUGAAGGUGGUGUUUAUAUCUGGUUACAAAAUGGUGAAGGAGGCUUUAAUCAAGCAAGGAGAGAACUUGUCAGACCGCCCAGUAAUUCCUCUUUUCCAUAAAGUGUUUAAAGGACUUGGUUUGGCUUUAAGCAACGGAUACCUGUGGAAAAGCCAGAGAAGGUUUGCAAAUGCCCACUUGAAGCACUUUGCCGAGGGCAAGAAAACUCUGGAGUGGAGUAUUAUGCAGGAGUGCAACUUCCUCUGUCAGGCCUUGGAGGAGGAGCAGGGAGGACCCUUCGACCCCCAGUUUACAAUAAACAAUGCCGUUUCCAAUGUCAUCUCUUCUGUGGUGUUCGGCCGUCGUUUUGAUUACAACGAUGAACGUUUCCAGACCCUCCUACGCUUGGAUGCCGAAGCCAUCCUCUUAGCAGGACAUAUGACUGCUCAGCUAUAUGAUGUCAUGCCGGGACUUAUGAAGUAUUUGCCAGGACCUCAUCAAACCAUACACUCAAACUAUGCUAAAAUUGUUGCUUUUCUAAAAGAAGAAAUAGAAAAGCACAAGGAGAACUGGGAUCCAUCUGAUCCACGUGACUACAUUGACACCUAUUUGGGAGAGAUGGAGAGGAAAAAGGAUGACAGUGAGGCUGGAUUCUGUACAGAGACCCUGACAGUGUGUGCCCUUGACUUGUUUGAGGCUGGGACAGAGUCAGUUUCAACUACCUUGCGCUGGGGCCUCCUGUUCAUGAUGAAGCACCCAGAGAUACAAAAGAAGGUCCAGGCUGAGAUAGACAGAGUGAUUGGACAGUCACGUCAGCCCACCAUGGCUGACAGACCCAACCUGCCCUACACUGAUGCUGUGGUCCAUGAGAUACAGAGGAUGGGUAAUGUUGUGCCAUUGGGCUUUCCAAAAAUGGCCAACAAGGAUACCACAUUAGGGGGAUACUUUAUACCCAAGGGUGCAAUGGUGGUAACAAAUCUUUCCUCUGUACUGAAUGACAAAAAUGAGUGGGAGACACCAGACAUCUUCAAUCCAGGACAUUUUCUGGAUUCUGAGGGCCGGUUUCGGAGAAGGGAAGCAUUCCUCCCGUUUUCAGCAGGCAAAAGGGCAUGUGUAGGGGAGCAGCUGGCUCGGAUGGAGCUGUUCCUCUACUUCACCUCUCUUCUCCAAAGGUUCACUCUCUCUCCUCCCCCUGGAGUGGAGCUGGAUCUUGAAGGCCAGCUUGGGUUCACCCUUUCCCCAAAGCCCUUCAAGAUGUGCUUUUUGGAUCGCUGAUUCCCUGGGCAGUAUCAGACAUUGGAUACAAGGCUCAGAGGAUCAAUUUUGGGGUGUAGAAAAAAUUCAUCUGUGUUCACACAAUGUUUUUUUUUCUAAUUUAGUCAUCCUAGUUGUCAAAAAUGUAUUUCAUGCAAUUUUCAUGUAAUUUUGCCAAAUGACAAAUUCAGCAACAGCAGAGGUUACAGAGAUUCAGGCUGAAGAAUAGCAGUGAGCAUCCAGCCAGGUGAGGAAAGGAUCUGAACCAGAAACCACAUCAACUCCAAGGCAUUCCACUACCCUAUAGGCUGAACAAAAUAACACAGUGACACAGUAAAAAGAGCAUGAAGCAGUAUUUUCAAUGUUGCUAUUUUUUCCUGUUUCUUCAUUUGCUAAGAUUUUCAUAAAGACACCUCACAACUAAUAAAAUAAUAUUCGUCAUCAUAUUAAAUAUAACACAUUACAUAUGUUGUACCUACUAUACAACAAUAUUUACCUGCCACAUUGUAAUUGUAACAAGCUAUCCCAGAUUUGGUUCAAAAUUUUAAGAACAUAAAAUGAAUAAAAAGAGUUUGUCUAUUUUGUGUAUUCAUACCUUUACUUGAAGUAAUCCACAGCAUUAGGGGCAUGGAUAAAUAAAGUUACCCUGCUUGGUU